UUUCCGGGGUCGUAGGUAAAACACGUAAAAAAAUGGCUGAACAUGGGUUUCUGUGCUUAUGCGAAUUAGUCCGGUUGCUGUGGUCGCUCGUCGUGCCUUGCGUGUUCCUCAGCUUGGCGCUUACCGCCCUGCUCCUCUUCCUGAUCCUGGGGACACGGCUGUGGCUUCGGCGGAGGAGGACCGACCGGCAGCAGGGACUCAAUUCCCCCGUUGUCGCUUUCUUUCACCCCUACUGCAACGCGGGCGGCGGCGGGGAGAGGGUGCUGUGGUGCGCCCUGAGAGCGCUGCAGAGCAGGUACAAAGAUGCUUCCUAUGUGGUGUAUACUGGGGACCAGGGCGUCACGGGCGAGCAGAUUCUUGAAGGAGCACGAAGAAGAUUCAACAUCAGACUUCCUGGGCCAGUGAAGUUUGUUUUCCUCAAACAUCGUUUUCUUGUGGAAGCCAGCCUCUAUCCUCAUUUCACCUUGCUGGGUCAAAGCCUCGGCUCGAUUUUCCUGGGAUGGGAAGCGCUCACAGAGCUUGUCCCUGACAUCUAUAUAGACUCUAUGGGAUACGCCUUCACAUUGCCACUGUUUAAGUAUUUGGCAGCGUGUCGCACUGCGAGCUAUGUGCACUACCCCACCAUCAGCACAGACAUGCUGUCAGUGGUUCACAGUAGAAACCCGAGGUUCAACAACGCCGAGUAUAUUUCAAGAAACCCUAUUUUAAGUGCCAUCAAACUAAUCUAUUACUGCAUGUUUGCCUUUCUGUAUGGGUUGGUUGGCUCCUGCAGUGAUGUGAUAAUGGUGAACUCCACCUGGACGCAGAACCACAUUCUGACGCUCUGGAGGUGCCGUGACCGCACCAGUGUGGUGUACCCUCCGUGCGACGUGCAGGCCUUCCUUGACAUCCCCCUCGAGAGUGGCCAGGCAAAAAAGCGCCACUCGGUCGUUUCAAUUGGCCAGUUCAGGCCGGAGAAGGACCACCGGCUGCAGAUCCAUGCGUUUCAGAAGCUCCUGGGAAAGACGGCGGCCGGGGAGGUGGAAGCCCCCCGGCUGGUUCUGAUUGGCGGCUGUCGGAACCAGGAGGACGAGGACAGAGUGCGGCUGCUCAGGGGGUUGUGCCAGGAGCUGGGCGUUGAGGACAAGGUGGAGUUUAAAUUAAACAUUCCUUUUGAAGAACUGAAGAAAGAGCUGGCUUCCGCCACUGUGGGCCUGCACACCAUGUGGAACGAGCAUUUCGGGAUAGGGAUCGUGGAGUGCAUGGCCGCGGGGAUGGUCGUUCUGGCCCACCGAUCCGGGGGGCCGCUGUUAGACAUUGUGGUCCCCCACGAGGGAGGGGCGACCGGGUUCCUGGCAGAUGAUGAGGACGGCUACGCAGAAGCCCUGGAGAGGAUCCUCGCGCUGUCGCCAGAGGCCAGGCUGGAGAUCAGACGGAACGCACGCCAGUCUGUAUCCCGUUUCUCCGACCGGGAGUUUGAAGCCUCCUUCCUGUCCGCUGUGGAGCCUGUUAUGGGCGCAGCACAAAGAUAGGAGGCGCUAGGGGAAGGGAGACGGCUUGCAGUUGCCUCUGCGCUGUGUCUUUAGGCCAAAGGGGAACAAGCCGAGACGAAGCAUGUUUGUGUUGGCACUUUGUAGUGCAAUCAGAAAAUAGGCCCAAAAGCACUGCAUGCUCUGAUGGCUAAUCACACUAACAGCCUUGAUUAGUAUUGUUCAUAAACCUUCUGCUUUACUGAAGAAAUCGCCUGUCCUUGAAGCUCUACUUAACAGUUCACCCCCCUGACAUGAUUUAACACCACUGGAAGGAGCUGUGUCUGAACUGAGAAGUGCUGUAGCAGCAGACAGUAGAAGUCAGGACAGAGAGAAAUCUGUUGAGCAGUUUUCCUUCUCUUGCUACCCCUCUCUUCACAAGGACAGGCAUUCACAUAUACAGUGUAUAGAUAUACGGGCAUAUAAAUGCACUGGAAAGAUUGCACAGAUAAUGGGAAACUGUCAGACAUCCAUUAAUUUAUUUAAAAAAAAACAAGUAGCCAAACAUCACAUCAUUAAUGUCUGCUGCCCUUUUUUGUAUCCACAUUUGGUAUGUGUGCCAGGCACAGUGCGAUAAUGAGAAUUGUACUACGCAAGGGUGCAUGAGUUUCACUUAAGAAAAAAGACCAAAAUCUUUUUUUUCCGAAGCUUAGCCCUUUGAAUGAUAGCCCUGUGUAUAGUGUGUACAUUGCAGUGGGUUAAUUGAAGGGUUAGAUGGGUUGCAUAAUUCUAAAUUCAUUUUUUGCAGAUGAUAUAAUGAUUUGUUUUUAAUCUGUCAGUUUGAUGUUGCAUAUGUGUGAUGUACUGCAUUAAAUUAUUUAAAAGUU